UUGUUUUUCCCGCGCGUUAGGAGUGAACAAAGUGAUUUUUGCAGAAAGUUUGUGUUAGAACUGUUAUAUUAAAUUUUAUUAGCAUAUUAGUAAAAUUAGACAAAUUAAAGUUUGCAAAAGCCACAAACACAUACGCAUAAAAUGACUGAACAUGACUGUGAUCUGACGACCUCACCAAAGUCCACCUCCUCGAAUAGCUCCAGCAACAGCAGCGGCGACAGCUGCUGUCGGUCAACUUCGGAUUCUAGUGACGAAUUGCUUUCAACCUGUUUUCGUUCACGUUCACCUUCACCAUUGGACGAUCAUGUAGACAAAGGCUGCGCGAAUCUUUUAACAGAUAAAACGUUCCACAACGAAAUCUGUGCACUUGCUGCGAAACGCAAUGCAAAUUUGGACAAUAGUAGACAAGAAUGCGUAUUAGAUGAUAAAAAUCGUAUUAUAAGUGUAGGCAAUAAUGAACUGUUAACAGAUCACGAAUUCCUCAUGGAAAUUGCGCUCUUGGCCACCACACGCAGUGAUGAUCCUAAAACGAAAGUGGGCGCUUGCAUUGUAGAUCGUAAAAAUCGCAUUAUUGGCAUUGGUUACAAUCACUUCCCACCCAACUACACGAGCGACCCAUAUCCGUGGGGCAAGGAUAAAUGGAAUCACUUGAAUAAUAAACUCACCUACGUUAUACACGCUGAAUCGGAUGCCAUAUUCUCCGCACAAUCCGCCGAUUUUCGCGGCGCCACUAUAUAUUCCACAUUGAUGCCUUGCAAUGAGUGUGCCAAACUUAUCAUACAGUCGGGCAUACGUAACGUUUUCUAUUUGAAUUCAAAAUUAUUUGAGAAGUGGAUAUAUAAAGCAUCACGACGCAUGUUGCAUGCUGCACGUGUCACAUUGCAGAAAUUAGAGUAGUGCACAGCAGCAAUUUUGUACAUAUUUGUGUAUUUUAGAGUUUGAAUGUUUAAAUUUUCAAACUAGUUACGAGUAUACGCGCCGAAAUGAAGGCGUAUACAUAUAAAUUUUUUUUAUAUGUACUUAUGUAUGUAACUUAUAUCUUAGUUUAUUUCUUUAGUUCUAAUAAUAAUUUGCUUUCUUAUUGCUGCCAUGUCCUUGGAGCAUUUUAUUUUUUCUUAAUUAUUUUUGAAAUUCUACAUAUAUACAUAGAUUAUGUAAAAAAGACUUCCAAAGAUAAGGAUAAAUUAAGAAGUCUCCUCACUUAAAAAAAUUUGUACAUACAUACAUACGUAUAGUUUUUAAAUAAAUUUAUUACGACGAAUUUGAAAUGAUAUAAC